AUGUCUAAAUACGUUCCUCCUUCAAAAAGAAAUGAUUCUGAUGCUCAAUCCACGCAGAACUCUGGCUACAACGGUGGCAGAGGUGGUUAUAACGGUGGUAGAGGUGGCUACAACAGUGGCAGAGGUGGUUACAACGGUGGUAGAGGUGGCUACAACAGUGGCAGAGGUGGCUACAGUAGUGGCAGAGGUGGUUACAACAACGGCUACAACAACGGUGGUAGAGGUGGUUAUGGUUAUAGAAACAACUCCGAUAACACAUACUUUAAUCCAAGAUUUCAAACCCAGAAUAGAGAAUAUGGUAGAUGGUCUCACGGUGAACAUAUUCCAGCGGAAAAAAACCCAGCUAUUGAAGCCAAAUUGUUUGGUACUGCUGAAGAACCAGUUGGUCAAACCUCUGGUAUUAAUUUUGACAACUAUGAUGACAUCCCAACUGAAGCCACUGGUAAUGAUGUUCCAGAUGAAAUCACUGAAUUUACUUCUCCCCCAUUAAAUGAAUUGUUACUAGAAAAUAUUCGUUUGGCACAUUUCACUAGACCAACUCCUGUACAAAAAUAUUCCAUCCCAAUUGUUGCUGCUGGUAGAGAUUUAAUGGCUUGUGCCCAAACUGGUUCCGGUAAGACUGGUGGGUUUUUGUUCCCAAUUUUAAGUGAGUGUUUUGAUAAGGGUCCUGCUCCUACUCCAAAAGCUGAUGACGGUCCAUACUCUGGUCCAAAGGUCACUUACCCAACAGGUUUAAUUUUGGCUCCAACAAGAGAAUUGGCCACCCAAAUCUAUGAUGAAGCUAGAAAGUUUUGUUAUAGAUCUUGGGUCAAACCAUGUGUUGUUUAUGGUGGUGCUAACAUCGAAACUCAAAUCAGAAACAUCAAUCAAGGUUGUGGUUUAUUAGUUGCUACUCCAGGUCGUUUAAUUGAUAUGAUUGAACGUGGGAGUAUUAAUUUAGCUAACAUCAAGUAUUUGGUUUUGGAUGAGGCAGAUAGAAUGCUAGACAUGGGUUUCGAACCUCAAAUCAGAAACAUUGUUGAAAACUCUGACAUGCCAGGAUGCGAAAACCGUCAAACUUUAAUGUUUUCUGCUACUUUCCCAGAAGAUAUCCAACAGUUGGCUCAUGAUUUCUUAAAAGAUUAUAUUUUCUGUACCAUUGGUAGAGUUGGUUCUACCUCUGAAAAUAUUACCCAAAAAAUAUUGUACGUUGAAGAACAUGACAAACAAAAUGCUUUAGUUGAAUUACUAGAUGCCGAGGGGCCUCAAUUGACUUUAGUUUUUGUUCAAACUAAAAGAUUAGCUGAUAUGCUAACUGACUUUUUAAUCAUUAGUGGUUACAAAGCAACUGCAAUUCACGGUGACCGUACUCAACGUGAACGUGAACGUGCCUUGAGUGCUUUUAAAAAUGGGGCUGCCAAUAUUUUGGUUGCCACUGCCGUUGCUGCCAGAGGUUUAGAUAUUCCUAAUGUCAAGCAUGUUAUUAACUAUGAUUUACCUGCUGAUGUUGACGAUUAUGUUCAUCGUAUUGGUAGAACUGGUCGUGCUGGUAACACUGGUAAUGCUACCUCUUUCUUUAACGGUGAGAACAAGAAGCUUGCUGGGGAUAUGGUUGAUUUGUUGGAAGAAGCUAAACAAGAUGUUCCAGCCUUUUUGAUCUCCAUGUCAAGACAAAGUGGUAGUAAAAGAGGGGGAUUCCGUGGCAAUAAUACCAGGGAUUUCCGUAACAAUUCUAACUAUUCUAGAGGUGGCUUUUCCAGAAACAAUAACUCUAGAGGUAACAGCGGCUACGGUAGUAAUAAUUAUGCUAACAAUGGUGGCUGGGGCUCAUCUUCUGGUUCCUUUGGUGGUAACAGUAACUGGGGCUCCUCCGAGUCUAAUUGGUCUGCUCCUAGCUCCAACAAUAACAAAUCUUGGUGGUGA